UAUUAACGAGGAAACAAUUAACUUAAAAGCAGCAGAAACCAAAGUGAUUCAGUUUAAUGCGUAAAACUUUUGGGAUUCAAUUUUAAUUACAAUUAACAAAGUAAAUCAGUUAUCAAGUUUAAAAACAAUUGUAAAGAAAACAAUCAAAAAGCAAUCAAAUCAAACUUUUUACUAAUCGUAGUGAAUCCAAGUGAAUUUAGUAAACAAUUAACUGGACAAUUAAUGUUAAAAUGAGUGCAAAUGAAAUCGUCAUCUCUGGGAUUUCCGGUCGAUGGCCUAAAUCUGAUAAUCUGGAUAAACUUUGGGAUAAUCUCAAGGAAUCAUUGAUAUUAUACGAGAAGGAUAAUUUUCCAUAUACCAAAUUAUUUCCAAUUGUUACUAAAGCCCGAGGCGCUUUGAACAAUCCAAGUCUAUUUGAUUCUCAAUUCUUUGGUUACUCAGAAUCCGAUGCUAGUGAUCUUGAUGCUCAAUUCCGGAUACUUCAUGAAACCGUUUACGAAGCUCUUUGGGAUGCAGGAAUUGUCCCAGAAGAUUGGAGAUCAACUCGAACGGGAUUUUUUGUCGGUUCUUUUGUCGAUGAUACCGAUGUUGUUGUCGAUAGCGACAAACGGGCUGAUUUCCUUCAAUUAACCUCCACUCGAAUACCUUUUGUAUUCAAUUUCACUGGACCUUCCGUCCGAUUGGAUUCUGCCUGUGCAUCAUCAUUAACAGCUCUUCAUGAAGCGGUUAUCGCCAUAAAAACAGGUCAAUGUGACCAAGCGAUCGUCGCAGGAUUAGCAGUUCAUCAGCGAUUCGGAAUCGUUGUUGAAGGAAGUGAACUUGAUCUGUUCACCAAAUCGGGGAAAUCUCGAUGUCUUGACGCUAAUGCCGAUGGUUAUAUACGAUCUGAAGCAAUUGUUUCACUGGUUCUUCAAAGAUCAAACAAAGCUAAACGGAUGUACACAACGAUUCUUGGUUCGGCAGUAAAUUCCGACGGAUAUACUGUGGCCGGUAUCACAUCACCAAGUUCUGAGGCUCAGAAAAAUGUCAUGGUCGAAGCUCUCACCCAAGCGGCUAUUGAUCCAUUAGAUGUCGAUUAUGUUGAAGCUCAUGUUACAUCAACUCAGGCCGGUGAUCUGGCUGAAUGUGCGUCCAUUUUAUCCGCUUAUCUCCAAAGUGAUAAACCGAUAACUUUGGGUUGUAUUAAAUCAAAUUUAGGCCACUCUGAGGCUGCUUCUGGAUUGACCGCUAUUGCAAAGGCAAUUAAAAUAUUCCAAACAAAAAUGAUUCCACCAAAUAUACCGAUCAUCACACCAAAUCCCAAAAUUGACGGACUAACAAAUGGACGAUUAAUUUCCGCCUCGGAGACAAUUCCUUUCACCGGUAAAUACAUUGGUGUCAAUUCAUUUGGUUUCGGCGGGUCAAAUGCUCAUGUAAUAAUUUCCUGUGAUGCUCCUGAUUAUCAAUCACCCAAUCAAACUGGAUUAUCAACAAUUAACCAUCGAAUCGUUUUACUAUCAAAUCGGACAAUCCAAGGAAUUGAUAAAAUGGUCCAAUGGCUUCAAUAUGAACCUAAAUCGACACGUGAAGAUUGUCUUUCCCUUUUAGAUGACAUUUCACUUACCCGAAUCUCAACCGGAAUGGUAGCCCGAGGCUUUGUUUUACUCAACAAUCAAGGAAACAUAAUUAAACAGAGUAAAACAAUAAUCAAUUCAAAUCAUUCAACAAUUGAACUAACCGUUAAUUUGUCUUCAUCUUUAAUUGAUUGUAUGAAAAUCUUGUCAACUUUAAAACCAUUCAGUGACUCAAUUGCUUCCUCAUACCAAGAGCUUAAAUCAACUAAAUUAACUAAUGAUGAUUCACUAAUUGUUAUCUACAUUGGGAUAAUUGACCUUUUAAACUCUCUAGAAAUCAAAUUUAAUUUAAACACUUCUAAUUCUGUUUACCUUUCAACACUUGAUCACUACAAAUGUGGUAAAUUGUCUCGAUGUGAAACAAUUAAUUUAACUCGACAAUCUAAAGAAACCAAUCAAUUAAAUGUCAAUUUAAACACCAAUGGAUCAAAAGAUUUGCCAUUGAAAACGUCAACAAUUAACUCAUCAUCUUCUUCAUUGAAAUUAACCUUAAAUCUUGGAUCUAAUUUAACCUUAACCAGCGGCAAAGGAAAUAAAUUGUUACAAUCAUCAACCAAUUUAAGUUACAAUGAUUGGCUGGAAAACUUUUACUCAACUUUGGGAAUACUUUAUCUUCAUGGAUUAACAAUUAAAUUGUCAUCUCUUUAUCCGACUUACAAUUAUCCAGUUUCUCGUGAUUGUCCAUCGUUAUCGGGAUUAAUUAGCUGGUCCCAUGAGAUUGAAUAUCCAGUAAUUGACCGAUAUUCUCAUUACUUUGACCUGCCCAAACGGACCGUUCAUCGAGUUGACCUUUUAGAUCCAGAAUACUUUUAUGUUAGUGAUCAUGUUAUCGAUGAUCGGGUCAUUUUUCCCGCCACGGGUUACAUUUAUCUGAUUCGAAAACAUUUAUCACUCAUUCAUUAUGGUCCAUAUACCGAUGUUUUCACCUUCUCGUUUAAGGUUUGGAAUGUUCAAAUACUUCGAGCGGCUCUUAUCACCGAUCCGAUUGAGUUUACAGUUUAUUUUGAUACGAAUUCAUGUUCCUUUGAAAUAUCAGCAUCAGGAUCAAUUUAUGCAACUGGAUUUGCUUCAAUAAUUAAAUCAACUUCUAGCAUCACAUCAGCUUCAAAAGAUUCAUUAAAGGAAAAUGUGAAUCUCUUUGAUUAUGGUUACAUUAAAACAAUUGAAUCGGAAGAGAUGGAACUGAGCCAUGAAGAGUUUUAUCAAGAAAUGGCGAUUUCAGGUUACCGUUAUCAGUCCGCUUAUCGAAAUGUUUCUUCGGCCAAGAUAACCCGUUCAUCGGCGGUUCUCAAAUAUACCAAGGAUUGGAUGGCCUUAGCUGAUAAUUUCCUUCAAUUGGAAGCCUUUUGGACUCCAGAGAGGAAACUUUUGGUUCCAACCAUAAUUGGUGAGAUGAGAUUCGAUGUGGAUAUAUUCAAAUCUUUCCUGACCACUGGUCAAGAAUUGAUCAAAGUCUAUUCAACGAAACCAGGGUCAGUUGGUACAAAUGGAAUGACCUUUGAAGGAAUCGAGGUAAAAGAAUUUCCAAUCAAAGGUCAACAAGAUCGCCUUCGAAUUGGUCAACAAUUGUUCCACCCAUUGAUUAACAAUUUUAUUCAAUUAGAUGAACAGUUAGUUAAAUUGCGAACUAAAUAUUGUCAAUUAGGAUCUGAAUCAUUGGAAAAUAAUGAAAAGAUUGACCAAAUUGAGAUCGAAAAUCUUUUUGGUAAACCAAACAUUUCGAAUAAUGAUUUUAGUCCAAAUCUAUUGAAUCUACUCAACGAAUCAAUUGAUUUCUCAUCAGAUCGAGUUAAUUAUCUUCUUGGUGCAUUAAAAGUCCAGCAAAGGGAACAAUUUACUGACGAUUUAAUUUGUUUACUUCCUGUCGAUUGUGUCCACCCAUUAAUUGACCUGGUUGCCGAAAAUAAUCGUCGAGAAUCAAAGAUUUCAAUUCAAAACUAUGAUUUCACAUCGAAAAUGUUAAAGAAAUUAAUUCAACCACAAUUUAACGCGAUCUGUAAGGGUUGCGUGUUUAUCGAUGAAACAAUUAGUAAAUUGUCAAACAACCAAACCAAACCUGGAUCUGAAAUGGUUCUUACUGUUUAUAAACAUCGUUCUGUUGAUUUAUUUGGUGGAUCAACAAUCAAAACUGAUUACAAUGAAUCUUCAAUAAUAUCAACUAUGAGAGGAAACUUUUGUUUAAUUUUAAUUCGUGAAAAAUUAUCACCCCUAGAGGAAAAGCUUGCUAAUUACUGUCAACUACCAAUCGACAAUGAUUUACCUUUAACUACUCAUAAAUUGUGUCAAUUAAUUGAUCAAGAAUCAAAUUACAUUCAAAUUGGUUCCACAUUCUGUCAGGAAAUUAAUCUAAGAUGCCUUCUUUUCCGACGUAAAUCACCAGUGUCAACAAUUAACUCUCAUCGAGUGAUUAAAAUAACGGGAUCAUCAGAGUGUUUCUGGUUCGAUGAGGUUAAAAAAACACUCGACCAACUUGACCAUAUCGAUAGACUUUGGUUAGUCGCUGAUGAAUCUUCUCAAAAUGGUUUAAUUGGAUUAACUAAUUGUCUUUCCUUGGAGCCAGGAUUUUCCAAUAAGAUUCGAUGUAUAUUCUCACCUGAUCAGCCGUUCAAUCAAUCAACCGAUUUAACCGAAGAUUUGAUCAAUCGUGAUUUACUAGUAAACAUUUACACCGAUGGAGUUUGGGGUUUUAAUCGUACUGUUGAUCUAUCGCUUGAUAAUCAACAGAAAUUUACAACAUCUCGUUACGUUUGUUUGGAAUCAUCGGCUAAAGUCGAUGGUCGAGUUCAAUGGGUACAAAAUAAUUCGCUAAUUCAAGAGAUAGCUGAUGAUCCAUCGAUUGUAAAUGAUUUAAUUUCCGUUUCCUAUGCAUCUUUAAAUUUCCGUGAUUUCCUUUUGUCUCAUGAUCUAUUACCACCUAACGCUUAUCCAGUCAAAUCUUUCUAUCGGCUUGGAGUUGAGUUUACCGGCACUUUUAAGGGUCAAAGAGUAAUGGGUUUCACGGGUGGCAACGCGUUCUCGACCUUCAUCUCACCCAAAGAUCCUUAUCUGAUCACCAUGAAGAUUCCCGAUCAUUGGACAUUUGCCCAAGCAGCAACGGUACCCAUUUGUUACAUGACCGUUGUCUAUGGACUAUUUAUCCGUGGUAACCUACAGCCUGGUGAAACUGUACUUAUCCAUUCAGGUUCAGGGGGAGUUGGACUUGCAGCGAUAUCAAUUUGUCUCUCACUUGGGUGUAAAAUAUUCACCACAGUUUCAACACUUGAUAAACAACGAGCAGUCCAAAAGCAAUACCCUCAAUUAGCCGAUGAAGCGUUUACCGAUUCUCGAUCAAUCAAAUUUGAAGAGACAAUUUUAAAACGUACCAAUGGACGUGGAGUCGAUAUUGUAUUGAACUCAUUGAUUCGCGAUAAAUUUGAUGCUGGUCUUCGGGUUUUAGCUGAUAAUGGACGUUUCCUCGAUCUAUCCAAGGUCGACAUUUUCGAGGAUAAAUUACUCGAUUUAAAUGUUUCUGAACCAUCUCCCCCUCUGUUGUCUCUCUCAGACCGAAUGGACUUGAAACCCAACCUGUCUAUUCACGCCGUUUGUUUAGCGACCCUUUUUGCCGCUAAAAGAGUCAACGAAAUCAAUAAGAUUAUUCAAAUAAUCGAGGAUGGAAUCGUUGAUGGAAUGAUUAAACCUUUACCUUAUACAAUUUAUCAUCAUUCCCAAGUUUCCUCGGCAUUUAAUGACAUGGCCUCCGGUAAACAUAUUGGUAAAAUUGUGGUACAACUCAAUGACCCAUCAAUCGAAUCAACGACAAAUGGCCAAGUAGAUGAACACUUGUCGUCAACCAUAGUCACCUCAUCUUUACCUUCUCCAUCAACUGAAUGUUUAAUUUCGUGUCUUAAGAAAAUGUUUUUCGAUUCAACUAAAAGUUACCUGAUUAUCGGUGGAUUAGGAGGAAUGGGUCUUGAACUUGUUCUUUGGUUAGUUGAACAUGGAGCGAGAAAAAUUGUUAUAACCUCACGAUCGGGAAUAAAAACAAACUAUCAGCGCUAUGCUAUUCGACGAAUCCGAUCAAUUGGUUCAACCAAGGUUGAAAUCUCUCGUUUAGAUGCUGCUCAUGGUAAAUCGGCUCUUCGAUUGAUCCGUGAAGCAACUCGACUUGGUCCAAUCGGUGGAAUCUUCAAUUUAGCGGUUGUUCUUAAAGAUGGUCUUUUCUCCAAUCAGACGUUAGAUGCUUUUCGAGCAGUUUGUUGGCCUAAAAUUGAGGCCACUCGAAAUAUGGACAUUCUGAGUAGACAACAUUGUCCGUGUAUCGACUAUUUUGUUUGUUUCUCUUCGGUCGCUUCACAAGGUAAUUUGGGACAAUCAAAUUAUGGUUAUGCGAAUAGUUUCAUGGAACGGGUUUGUAUUGAUCGACGGAAAGAUGGCCUUCCAGGUUUGGCUAUCCAAUGGGGACCAGUAGGUGAUGUGGGUAUUGCUGUUCGAACCCUUGGGGACAGUGCAUCGGUCGCUGGUUUUGAGCCACAGCGAAUACGCUCAUGUCUCGAAGUUCUGGAAAUUUUCCUUCAAGAAGAUAUUUCAAUAGGUUUCUCAGCGAUUCCAAUUCUUGAUAAAGAUGAAAAUGAUCCACAAGAUGCUCUGGUUCGAGUAUCUCGAAUCCUUGGAGUUAAAGAUAUUCGAACAAUUAACCUGAAACUUCGUCUCAGAGAUUUUGGAAUGGAUUCUGUUCAGGCAAUCGAAGUACAAGAAUAUCUUGAGCACAAUUUCAACUUUUCCCUUGGAGCCGCUUCCAUUUACGAUUUGACACUUGAAAAUUUGGUUAAAAUUGCAUCGGUCGAGAUUCAAUCAGUUGACAUUCAAGAAACUCAAGGUUUAGAUAAAAUAUUCAGGCCACUUAAGACAACCGGCUCAAGACCAGUGUUCUUUUUCCCUCCGGCAAUUUUCGACUUCCUCGGGAUGUUACCCCUUGCUCGAGGUCUUAAUCGUCAAGUAUUUGGAAUUGAUUUUACCGAUGACAACGAAAUAGCCAAAGAUUGGGAGACGCUGACUGAUUUUUACUGUUCUCGAAUUCUUGAACAAUGGCCAAAUGAGCCAACCUACGAUUUUGUCUCCUAUUCGUUGGGAGCUGCAUUUGCUUUUGAAGUUGGUAGAAAGAUACAAAAUCUUCGCGGAGAAAAUACAGUUCAACGAAUAGUUUUCAUCGAUUCAACCCCAUUCGGUAUACAUCAAGCUCUUGCCUGGUCAGUGAAAAUCUCCGAGACCUUAGGAAAUGUUUCCAUUGAUAAAGAUGCACUUUUUGCCUUCCUCAAAAGAAUGGAUCGGAAACAGGGUAAUCAGGGUAAUUCGUGGAGAGCUCGAACCUUCAAGAAUACCCAACAAGCAUCCAGUUUCGACCUAACUCAAGAUCUCAUAUUCUCAAGAUAUCAAUAUAUUGCUGAGAUGAAAAUCGAACCCAAAUUGAAAGCUGAUGCCCUUUUCUUUAAAUGUAAACAAACAGUUUCAUCAUUCGAGGGCAGUAUUGCUGUUUCACUCGAUAAGUCCAUUGAUGGUCAUCUUGAAACAAUCUUGGUGGACUCUAAUCACGCUGAGAUAAUAACCCAAUGUAAAGAUUUAUUGAUUUCUGAAUGUAACAAAUUUCUUGCUGUUUAAUUAAUCCAAUUAACCGAUAUUAUCAUUACAAUCAUAUGAAUAUCUAAAUAUACACUAUUUCAUAUUAUAUA